AUGACGGAUAGAAUCAGCAGGGCUUACGAAGAUGCUGUUGCCUCGAAGCUACUUGCUGGAAUAGCGGCCAUUGCGGGCAGGAAAAACGGUGAUACUCUUUACCAGAAAUCCUUUGGAAGAGCUAGUCUGAAGGAAGGUCGAGAAGACGCCUUCACGUCCUCGACCAUUUGUGCGAUGGCCUCAACGACGAAACUCAUGACCUCCGUGGCCGUCUUGCAGUGUGUCGAGCAAGGCAAGCUAGACUUGGACGCAGACGCUCGGCCCCUCUUGCCGGAGAUGGGCAAAUACGGGGUCAUCACUGGGUUCGACGAUGAGAAGAACGAGGCCACCUUCGAGGCCGAUUCCACACCUAUCAGCCUUCGCAUGCUCCUGUCCAGCACGUCUGGCCACGAAUACGACUGGCUCAACCCGCUCCUUGGGCAGUGGCGUGCUUCUCGAAAUGAAAUACCGUGGUCAGGUCCACUUCUCACUGACAAGUCUGCGAUUCCACUUGUCUUUGCUCCCGGGACCGGGUGGGCUUACGGCGCGGGUUGGGAUUGGGCAGGGAGGCUGGUUGAAAUAGCCAGUGGCUUGACCUUGGAAGACUUCAUGCACAAGCAUAUUUGGACACCUCUAGGGGUUGAAAAGGAAUUUUCUUUCUGGCCCAAGACCAAGCCCGAAAUGAAGAGCCGAAUGGCCGACAUCAGCACCCUGAAUGAAGCAGGUGAACCUCCUGCCACGGACGAGCCGACUUUCGACAUCCUCUUUGGUGGGACUGAGUGUCUCGGGGGCGGCGGCGGCUUUGGUUCCGCUGAAGGAUACUAUACCUUCCUUUCGGCGCUGUUCCGACGCGACAACCGUCUCCUGACGGCUGACUCUUACACAGAGCUCUUCCGGCCCCAGCUGGACAGCAAAGCAGAGGAGGCCUUCAACAGGUAUCUGGUCCUCUCACCUGCUCACGAGCAGUUCAUUGGGAUGGGCAUCCCCAAAACGAUUCGCAAGUCGUGGUCCUUCGCAGGUAUGGUGGCCCUGAGUGGCCAAGAAGGCCGUUUCAAACCAGGGGCUACGUUUUGGGGAGGCGUACCAUGCAUGAUGUGGUUUAUGGAUCACGAGGCGGGCAUCUGUGGCACCGCCUUUUGUCAGAUGCUUCCGCCUAUGCACCCGAAGAUCAUGGCACUGCAUGAAGAGUUCCAGAGAGGUUCAUUUGAGGCGGCACUUGCGGAAGCCUCUCGCUUGUGA